GAAUUCAAUUACGCGUAUUGGUAAACAUUUUACUGAAGAUUGCUAAAACUUUUUCAUAAGGAGUUAGGGGUGUGGGAUUUACGGGAUAAAAGAAUGUAGAGAAGAAACAGGGAAAUACAGCAGCCGUCUUUUAAAAAAAAAAAAAAUUCUCUGAGGGGUUGAUUAAAAUUUUAGUUACUUAAAUUUAAAAAAUUAAUAAGCAGGCUAGUGGUAUCGAAAUUCCCAUCUUCAGCUGCUGGCAAGCGGGAGUGAGAAAUUUCGCAUGUUACACGUUCCUGGUGCUGGGUUGCACUUACACGACGAAGCACAUCACCAUUCAACAAGCAAAGAUUCACCAAACAAAACUACUCUACUCUAAUUAAAAUUCGGAUUUUUGCUGCUAAGUUCUGUUUUUUCCGGCCUUCCCCAAGCUAUAUAUUUGUGCGUGUUUUCUCUUUUGUUUUGCGGUUGCCUUCGCUAGAAUCGCAUCAUCUGCUCUGAUCGGCCUUGGGUUUGCAUUCUCUGCCGGAAUUGAGUAAAUAAUAAUGGGCUCGAUCAGUUGUGCCAAUUAUUUUACAAUCAGCUCCACUUACGUUGUCGAUCAUCAGUUUCCGCCUUGUGCCUCUCCUUCCUCGUAUCGCUCUACACUUGGCUGUUCCCGACUACCUCCUCCUCCUACUGAGCACUACCGCCGGCGUCAGUUCGCCAAGGCAGUGAGGCCUGCCGAUGUCGCUCCUUCCUACUCCGACACAACCAACUCCAUGCCUUUGGAGAAUUUGUAUCUGCAGCCAAAAGGUCGAACUAACCCGGUUGGUGAAUUUAUGACUGGGAGAGACGAUUUACAUGUGGUGAAGGCUUGUACAACUGUUGAAGAUGCACUAGAAACUCUUGCCAAGAAAAGAAUCACUGGAUUUCCUGUGGUAGAUGAUGAUUGGAAGUUGGUAGGCGUUGUUUCCGAUUAUGACUUGUUGGCACUUGACUCUAUCUCAGGUAGAAGUCAAGCUGACACAAAUUUGUUUCCUGCUGUUGAUAGCACUUGGAAGACAUUCAGCGAGAUACAGAAACUGCUGGGGAAAACUAACGGAAAAGUUGUUGGCGACCUCAUGACACCUUCUCCGCUUGUUGUUCAAGAAAGUACUAAUCUUGAGGAAGCUGCAAGGUUGUUGCUUGAGACCAAGUACCGUAGACUGCCAGUUGUUGAUGCCGAUGGCAAACUGGUUGGAAUAAUCACAAGAGGUGAUAUUGUUAGAGCUGCUCUUCGGAUAAAACAUGCCAGUGAGCAGAUUGGAUAACUGCGAGACUUUUGAAGAUGUAUCUUUACAUGGAAUAUACCUGCAUAUUGCUGCCAGUACCGAAUUGUUUCCACUAAAGUAGCUCAAUUGUUUGUCUGAAUUAUUUUUUGGGUUCAAUACCAUAGCAUUUGGGUAAAAUUUCGUAUGUACAUUUUCUAAAGAAACUCUGGAAGCUGUCGGAAUUUAUUUCUGUAGAUUCAUGCUUUAUAGGCUUGGUUGUUGUUCAGAUAGAAAUUUUUUAUACUGGAACUUGAGAUUGAGAUUGAGGUCCAUGGUGAGAUUAUAUUUCAUGAACAAACUGUGGUUCAACUAGCGGCUAUCAAGAAGGUCAAGGUAUUGCAAUGCUUGCCAUGUAUGGUGUGGUUCUUUCUGUACGCUAUAGACCCCAACGCUGUGAAGCAUGGUGACUCCGGAAUUUUCAAGUAUAAUCGGGAAAGAAUUCUAGCUGCUUUAAUGCCUGGCUUGUUGACUAUGUGAUUUCUAUGUAUCUUAGCCGUCAGAACCAUUUGGAAGCAUCCCCAGAUUCGUUCCUUCUCCGUGCCUGAUUAUAUAGUUCUUAUGAGCCUAGAGAAUUGAUGAGCACCGAGAGUGCAUGUUACGGAUAUAACCUCAAUGAAACGCCUAAUUUUUUA